UGGGAAUUGUGGUUCUGGAGCGUGAAGCUGGUUUCUACUUUGUGUGUGUUGAGACCGCUUUGGCGACACCGCUGCGAUUUACUGUAUUGUGACAGGCAUUGAGUCUGUUUGACAAUGGAGGCUCCACCAGUGACCACGAUGCCAGUGUCAGGGGGCACCAUCAACAUGAUGGAGUAUUUACUGCAAGGUAGUAUACUUGACCAGGGUUUGGAAAGCCUUCUCCAUCGUUUACGAGGAUUGUGUGAUAACAUGGAACCAGAGACCUUCUCCGACCAUGAGAGUGUGUACCUACUUAAGGGUCAGCAGGCGAGUCCCUUUGUACUCCGUGCACGUCGCUCCCUUGACAGGCCAGGCACUCCAUGGCAUCUACGAUAUUUGGGACAACCUGAAGCUGGAGACAGAAGCCGCCAUGCCCUGGUUCGAAACUGCGUGGAUAUUGCUACUUCUGAUGUGUUACCUGAUUUCCUGCAAGAGAUGGGGUUCCGCAUGGACCAUGAGUUUGUUGCCAAGGGACACUUGUUUCGGAAGGGUGCCAUGAAAGUAGCCGUAUACAAAGUGUUCCGUGUACUGGUGGCAGGAACAGCUGAAGGUGCUGAACCGUUGUCUCUCUCAUAUCUGGUUGAGCUCAGUGCUGUGGCACCAGCAGGGCAGGACACAAUAGCUGAUGAAAUCAGGAGCUUUGCAGAACAGCUGAGGCCACUGGUGCAGCUUGAGAAGAUUGACCCUAAACGUCUUAGUCUCUAGUGAGGAAAGCUUACGUUGACAUACCUUUUGCAGUUACUCUGUCCAAGAAGGCCUAAUGUCACAUGCUGGUCAAAACACUUGCACUGAAGGUGUUGCACUACAAAAACUGCUGUGGUUUGUGGAUGGAAAUGGGUAACAGUGCCCCGGCUCUCCUGUGCGCUGAAGUAGAAGUAUUUAAAUUGGCUAGUUUGUCUGUAUAGAUAAGAUCACAAAUUCCCACGGACACUCUUAAAAAUAAAAAAUAUAACUUUAAUACAUA